AUUUUGACCGUAAACAUCCUGCCGAUUUGAACCGAGAAUUUGGGCGGCAGGAAGAGCCGCGGCGUAACGGCAGCCAUCUUGUUUGUUUGAGUGAAUCGGGAAGGAGGCGGCGGCCCUGGCAGCGGCGGGAGCUGCUCCGAAGCUACAGCUCACAAGGACUCCCCCCUUUCCCCGCCCCCUCCCCCGACCCUUUUCCCCUCCCCAGGCCACCCAGCCCGCCCAACUCCCGGCGGAGAACAAGAUGACGUUUGUGUAUGCCAUAAGUUAAAAACAGAAAAAGAAAAGAAGUCCAACAGUACAGAAGGGUUCCUCACUUUCUCACUGGACCCAGGUUCCAAAGGUUUCCUCCUGUUUCAUAGUCAACCAGAACAAUGUUCUACGCACAUUUUGUCCUCAGUAAAAGAGGGCCCCUGGCCAAAAUUUGGCUAGCGGCCCACUGGGAUAAGAAGCUAACCAAAGCCCACGUGUUUGAGUGUAAUUUAGAGAGCAGUGUGGAGAGUAUCAUCUCACCGAAGGUGAAGAUGGCACUCCGAACGUCAGGACAUCUCUUACUGGGAGUAGUUCGAAUCUAUCACAGAAAAGCCAAAUAUCUCCUGGCAGAUUGUAAUGAAGCGUUCAUUAAGAUAAAGAUGGCUUUUCGGCCAGGUGUUGUUGACCUGCCUGAGGAGAAUCGAGAAGCUGCUUACAAUGCUAUUACUUUACCUGAAGAAUUUCAUGAUUUUGAUCAGCCACUGCCUGACUUAGAUGACAUCGAUGUGGCCCAGCAGUUCAGCCUGAACCAGAGUAGAGUGGAAGAGAUAACCAUGAGAGAAGAAGUUGGAAACAUCAAUAUUCUACAAGAAAAUGAUUUUGGUGACUUUGGAAUGGAUGAUCGUGAAAUAAUGAGAGAAGGUAGUGCUUUCGAGGACGAUGACAUGUUAGUGAGCACUGGUGCCUCUAACCUCCUAUUAGAGCCUGAACAGAGCACCAGCAAUCUGAAUGAGAAAAUUAACCAUUUAGAAUAUGAAGACCAGUAUAAGGAUGACAACUUUGGAGAAGGAAAUGAUGGUGGUAUAUUAGAUGACAAACUUAUUAGUAACAAUGACGGCGGUAUCUUCGACGAUCCGCCUGCCCUGUCUGACGCGGGGGUGAUAUUGCCAGAGCAGCCUGCACAUGAUGAUAUGGAUGAGGAUGACAACGUAUCAAUGGGUGGGCCUGAUAGUCCUGAUUCAGUGGAUCCUGUUGAACCGAUGCCAACUAUGACUGAUCAAACAACACUUGUUCCAAAUGAGGAAGAAGCAUUUGCUUUGGAACCUAUUGAUAUCACUGUCAAAGAAACAAAAGCCAAGAGGAAGAGGAAGCUAAUUGUUGACAGUGUCAAAGAGUUGGAUAGCAAGACAAUUAGAGCCCAGCUUAGUGAUUACUCUGAUAUUGUUACUACUUUGGAUCUGGCACCACCCACCAAGAAAUUGAUGAUGUGGAAAGAGACCGGGGGAGUAGAAAAACUUUUCUCUUUACCUGCUCAGCCUUUGUGGAAUAACAGACUACUGAAGCUGUUUACACGCUGUCUUACACCACUAGUACCAGAAGAUCUUAGAAAAAGGAGGAAAGGAGGAGAGGCUGAUAAUUUGGAUGAAUUCCUCAAAGAAUUCGAAAAUCCGGAGGUUCCCAGAGAGGACCAGCAGCAGCGACAUCAGCAGCGUGACGUUAUCGAUGAGCCCAUUUUGGAGGAGCCAAGCCGCCUCCAAGAGUCAAUGGAGGCCAGCAGAACAAACCUGGAUGAGUCAGCCAUGCCUCCACCACCACCUCAGGGAGUUAAGCGAAAAGUGGGACAGAUGGACCCAGAACCCAUGAUCCCUCCUCAGCAGGUAGAGCAGAUGGAAAUACCUCCUGUAGAGCUGCCCCCAGAAGAGCCUCCAAAUAUUUGUCAAUUAAUUCCAGAGUUAGAACUUUUACCAGAAAAAGAAAAGGAGAAAGAGAAGGAGAAAGAAGAUGAUGAAGAGGAGGAGGAUGAAGAUGCCUCAGGGGGUGAUCAGGAUCAAGAGGAAAGAAGAUGGAACAAGAGGACUCAGCAGAUGCUUCAUGGUCUUCAGCGAGCUCUUGCUAAAACUGGAGCUGAAUCUAUCAGUUUGCUUGAGUUGUGUCGAAACACGAACAGAAAGCAAGCUGCAGCAAAGUUCUACAGCUUCUUGGUUCUUAAAAAGCAGCAAGCUAUUGAGCUGACACAGGAAGAACCAUACAGUGAUAUCAUUGCAACACCUGGACCAAGGUUCCACAUUAUUUGAGCAGCUAGAAGCAUUAUAGCUAGUGUUCAUUUCACUAGUGUGUACAAAUUGCCCCCAUGUGUAGGGCACACAGAACCCUUCAAGAAAAUUUAGAUUUUUGUGUGUACAAAGUCUCUGCCUCUUUCUUCAUGUUUUCCGGUAUUUUAAAUUUGUCAAUUUCAUCUUUAAGGGAAACUGCUUGUAUGGUGUUUGUGUUCUGAUGGAGAAAACAAGUACCCCAGGUUUCUUUUAACAGUCCAGAACAGCUUUGUGCAAUAGUGGUGCAUAUGCUAAUGUUGAGUGGCAGUGGAGAGUCGGGGGUUUUAUCUUAGUUCUCCAUUACCGCAUCGUGAAGGAGAACUUUUCAGGAAAAUAACUAUAGUGUGAAUCGUCUUUUUUCCCAUCAGCACCUGGCAGUCUUCGUAACCAUUGUGCUUUAGGGAUGGUGCCCAAAGCAGAGAUUGUCCUCUUAAAGUAUAAUUCCACACUUGAUCAUGGGGUUGUGUGAAAUUGUACUGUAACUAAUCCCUUUCAGCUACAAAAAAAUAGGGCUUGGUUUAAAGUGCCCUAUUUUGUAAAUCAUUCCAUUUGAAACUUUUUAAUGAAUCUUACUAUCCUGAAAUCUGUUGUUUUAGUGAGGCUCUAAAAUGAGCAGAAAUAGACUUUUUAGAGUAGAAUGAAUAUAAAAAGCAUUUAUAACUUUCCAGGAGCUAUAAAUCAAAGUUUU